AACAUCUUUUGUGCACACUGCCACUCGAGCACGUGUGUCCACAACUGCAACGGCACAUCAAACCCCGAGCAUUUCCGACAGACGUUCUCGGCUCUGCCGCACCACUCUUCAUCCCUGCAAACUUGUGGCUGCGGUUGUGCCUGAGUGCCAGGCGUUGCUGUAUGCCGCAGCUGGCAAGUUUGCAAGGGAAGUGACGAGGUACCACCACCUCCGUAUUCUUCACGCCAAUUUAGUCGAGCCAACGUCUCCACCCGCUGCGUGACUGGCUGUGAGCCACAACGAGCGGGGCCGCAGGCUGUCGACGCAACCCACACAGGUAGGUGGUAGGUCACAGCGCCAUUCACUCAAGGGUCUAUCAUCAUGGCUCCCAGUGGCAGUGAUGUCUUUCCCAUCCUGCAGCAUUGCUCAAGACUGGGCACAGGCCAGACUCUCUUUGAUGUUCAAUUCUGGCCAUUUGGCAAUAGCGAUGACGAACAGAUCUUUGCAGUGACAGGGGGAACAGAAACUUUUGUAUGUCGGCCACGGCUAGGUGCUGACCCACCGUUCGAGGUCUUGAGAUUCUUCGACGAUGAGGUGCAACAGGGCACCACAGCUGCUUCUCUCAACAGUCUUGCUUGGGCUCAGGAGCCCAUUUCGAACAAACCUUGGCUUUGCGUUGCUGGUGCUGAGCAUAGGCACAUCAAAAUACUGGACAUUGAAUCGGGUGAAAUUGCGCGAACUCUGCCUGGCCAUGGAGGCGCGGUGAACGACCUCGCAGUGUCCCCGACCACGACCAGCCUCCUCGCGUCCGUUUCGGAAGACUAUACAAUUCGACUGUGGAAUCUACAUCCGAGCUUUGAGGCACAACCAUGUGUGGCGAUAUUAUCGAAACACCAAUCACCAGUCCUUGCCAUCGAAUUCCACCCCAAUGGAAGAUGGCUCAUCUCGGGAGGCAUUGACACAGCUGUGUGUCUCUGGUCAGUGCCGCUGGUGGGAGACCGAGACCCAGCCAGCGACUGGAGCACUGCGUCUAAGCCAUUGACUGAGAUCAAUCCACAUUUCUUCACUAAGGAACUUCACCCAAAUUAUGUCGACAGCUUCGCGUUCUACGGAGACCUGAUAAUAUCGAAGGCCGCAAGAGAUCAGAGCGACGCCAAGAAACACAAAUAUGCGAAUGAGAUCCUGCUAUGGAAGAUCGACGGCUUCGAUGCAGAUGAGCUACCGCCAGAGCACCCAGCCAUUCUGGAGGCCGGACAGUACACGGGUUCCUCUUUUGAUCAUGAUGAAGGAUUUCACGGAUUCGCGAGAUUGCUCACGUUGGACAUACCUCACACGGAUCGAUUUUAUCAUCGCUUUGGCUUCUUUCAUGCUGAGGGUAAGAGACCUUUGCUCUGCAUGGGUGAUCAGUCGACACGAUUCUCCUUCUGGGACAUGCAGCGUUUCGAGGAGGGUAUCGAUCCGUUCGAUCGACCUUCAAUGAAGCCAAGAAAGAAGAACGGUCGAAAAAAGAAGGGAGCAAAUGUUUUGGGAGAACUGCGUCGAGCUGAGAGCGGCACCAGUAGUGCUUCUGGUCAAACUCCCGACGCCUCAUCCACGGGCGCAUCCUCGACAACUGCACCGGAGAGCCGAGAGUACACGCUCAGCGACCGCUUCACACCGCUUGCAGCACACUAUAGGGUCACGGCCAACACCGAUUUACCAACAGUUGGAGGCAAGCCUUCUCACUUCGCGACAUCGCAGAUCGCGUUCAGUCCUAAUGGGACCUGGAUGGUGACUGUGGGUGACCAUGGGAUGAUGUGCAUGUUCCAUCGAGACGAGAGCGUGACGUGAAGGGAGUGCAGCAACUUUGCACGUAAGUCGACAGCUCAUACCACUUCUCCUGGAUCAUGGCAACAACAGGCGCUGGCCAGCACCUGGGACUGUCGUUGAUAGGAGCGCUAUGUGCGGAGCCUAGCUUCGUGGACCAAGACUAGCUCAAGUCAUAUUGAACGGUCAUCUCCGCCUCAUAUGCGCUGACAGGCUUCUCUGAAAUGAGGCCUGCCAUUGAUCGCCACCGAUAUUGCGACCAAUGAAAACUAGCCUUCCGGAUUGAUCGGCAGUACUGGCAGUGUCGACAGGACCAUCUAUCAGAUCGAAUAUCUCCCGAACUCCUUGUAGCAAUUUGAUUGUC